CCGGCUUGUUCUUAUUCAUGAUCGUCGUCUACGUCUACGGACACUGGCUGCGCCGGUGGUCGAAGUUUGCGCAGACAUUAGCUGAAGCAGAAGCCGAGGCCGAAGCCGAAAUUGGGCUGGAAAUUAAUGUAGACGCCCCCAACUCGGGUCCCGGAAAUCCCAAUGGCAUCACUGCCCGUAUCAACGGCGAAACACCAAACCCGGAUCUCCUCAACGUUGAUCGCAUAGUCCACUUCCUACCCCCUGAGAGCCUGCCCGGUAGCCGAGCCGGCUCGCGCUAUCCAUCCGCUGCUAACACUCCGACCACAACGCGCCCCUCGAGUCUGGAUGUGGAGCGUUUGGCGAUAAACCAGCUGCAUGGUUCUCAUCUAAGCCAGCACGGCCAGGCGAGACCAGUAAGCGCACCAGUCCGAAGCCAAAAUGUGUCCCCAGUCCCUGAGGCCGGAAGUAGUGACGAUAUCUCUAUGACAUGCAGUAACUGUAGCGGGCAGACCCUCGCAGGGACCUGCACUCAGUGCACACACAAGUCAACCCGUUCCCCAAACAGCGAGAACGCCUCCCCAUCCACGUCGCUAAGACAGGUCGAGAAUGCAGAAUUGAACACCGUCCCCGAGGUGUCUCCCGUCGUUAUCGCUCCUCCCGCCGAGAACAGCAGCGAAACCCCGGCGGCUAACCUGCCGAAAGAAAAGAAGCGCCGAUUCUCCGGAACCUGCCGUAUGAUGUGAUUAUCUGAUUCCAUUCAUUAUUUUACCGCGGGGUUUCUUUUCUGUCUUUACACAUACUCACAUAGCUCAACGGCGUUUCGGAGUUAUCCGUGUACUACUGUCCCCUGUCUUAUCUACAUUCCUUAUUAUGGCGGCGGCGUUUACUUGCGAGUUUACUUGCGAGGGAUUACUCUUGGAUAUGAUCUU